AUGAACCAUGCCGGCAACAUUGCAGAUUGCGGGUGUGGCGAGUACUAUUGGGUGGGUUGGGUCGGCGUUGCACAACCUGUGCAAAAGAAAGUCGAGAUGCCUCUUCAUCAGUAUGACUACAUUUUCGCCAUUGGCACCAUCUUCGCAUUCCUUGAUGCGUGGAACAUUGGUGCCAAUGAUGUUGCCAAUUCAUGGGCAACCUCGGUCUCGUCACGAUCUAUUUCUUACAUUCAAGCUAUGACCCUCGGAUCCAUCCUCGAGUUCGCCGGCUCGGUUGGUGUCGGCGCCCGUGUCGCAGACACCAUUCGAACGAAGAUUGUGAAUAUCGACCUAUUCGAGAACGAUCCGGCUCUCCUCAUGCUUGGAAUGACCUGUGCGAUUGUGGCUUCCUCGAUUUACCUUACCUUUUGCACCAAGAUCGGUCUCCCGGUAUCAACUACUCACUCCAUCAUGGGAGGCGUCAUUGGCAUGGGUAUCGCACUUAUUGGUGCCGACAACAUUCAUUGGGUCUCCCCUAGCGGCGGCAUCGACUCUGGCGUAGUUUCAGUCUUCCUUGCAUGGAUCAUCGCUCCUGGUAUCUCGGGUGCAUUCGCAGCCAUCAUCUUCACCAUUACAAAAUACGGCGUCAUGUUGCGGAAGAACCCAGUCAUGAAGGGACUGGCUCUCGUUCCUGUGUACUUUGGUAUUACCGCUUCCCUCUUGACCAUGCUGAUUGUUUGGAAGGGUGGGUCUAUCAAAGUUACUUUCAACGAUGCCGAAACUGCCGGAAUGAUCAUCGGUGUUGGUGCCGCCUGGGCUCUCCUCAUCACAAUAUUCUUUCUCCCCUGGCUCUAUCGUGUGGUAGUCAAGGACGAUUGGCAACUGCGUUGGUAUCACAUUGCCCUGGGCCCGCUUCUGCUCCGCCGUCCCGAGCCACCUGUUCAGCCCGAAGGCUACGGCGGUGGAAUCCGCGACUUCUAUGCCGGGCACAUGACCAAAGAGGAGCUAGAGGUUGCUCGCAGCGGUGGUGUUGUUCGAAGCCCUAGCAACGACAUCGAGACUGGCUCUGCUGAUGGCGAGAAGAAGGUCGUCCAAGGAUCCACCGACUCCCCUGCGACCAAUAUUCCCCGUAAGGACUACGUCCACAAGCCCAUCGUUGGCCCCCGUCCCGAAGGUCCCUGGCACAACGGCGACGUUCUUUUCUGGAUGGUAAAGAAAGUCUUCCUGUCUGGUGUCGAUCAGGACAUUAUCAACAUGCAAAAGAAGGAGAGUGUGCUCACUGGCGAUUUGGAGGAGAUGCACGCCCGUGUCCAACACUACGACAACAAGGCUGAAUUCCUGUACUCGUUCAUGCAAGUCAUGACUGCAUGCACCGCCUCGUUCACGCACGGCGCCAACGACGUUGCCAAUGCCAUUGGACCCUACGCUACCAUCUUUCAAAUUUGGAACACUGGCGUUCUCUCUGGCAGCAAAUCUGAGGUUCCAAUCUGGAUUCUCUGCUUCGGCGGUGCUGGUAUCGCUCUUGGUAUCUGGACGUACGGAUACAACAUUAUGCGCAACCUCGGCAACCGCUUGACCCUUCACUCUCCCGCCCGUGGUUUCUCCAUGGAGUUGGGUGCUGCUUGCACAAUUAUCUUGGCUACACGUCUCAAACUUCCUGUAUCUACUACACAGUGCAUCACUGGUGCGACCGUAGGUGUCGGCCUUUGCUCCGGCACUUGGCGAUCAAUCAACUGGCGUAUGGUUGGCUGGAUCUACAUGGGUUGGAUUAUCACGCUGCCUACCGCUGGUAUCAUUUCUGGAUGUCUCGCAGGCGUCAUCGUCAACGCUCCCCGCUGGGGUAUGGGAAGCUGA